AUGACCGGGCGCAAGUUCUUUGUCGGCGGCAACUGGAAGAUGAACGGCGACAAGAAGUCGAUCGACGGCAUCCUCGACUUCUUCAAGGACUGUGGCUGCUGCGGAGACGUGGACGUCGUUGUCGCCCCACCCGCCCCUUACCUGACCUACGUGAAGGAACAUCUGAAGUGCGGAGCCAAGGUGGCCGCCCAGAACUGCUACAAGGUUGAGAAGGGAGCGUUCACCGGCGAAAUCUCACCGGCCAUGAUCAAGGACCUCGGGCUCGAGUGGGUGAUCCUCGGCCAUUCGGAGCGCCGUCAUGUCUUCGGUGAAACGGAUGAUUUGAUUGCGGACAAGACGGUGCACGCCCUUGGAGCCGGCAUCAAUGUCAUCUUCUGCAUCGGCGAGAAAUUGGAGGAACGCGAGGCCGGCAAGACCAAGGAAGUCAACUUCCGCCAGUUGGAGGCCAUCGUCGCCAAGAACGUGGAUUGGAGCCGCAUUGUGAUCGCGUACGAGCCGGUGUGGGCCAUUGGUACUGGAGUGACUGCCAGCCCGGAGCAAGCCCAGGAAGUCCAUGACUGGAUCCGACAAUUCCUCAAGGAGAAGGUAUCCGAGGAAAUGGCCGCCUCGACUCGAAUCAUCUACGGCGGCUCGGUCACGGCUGACAACUGCAACGAUCUGGCCACCCGACCCGACAUCGAUGGGUUCCUCGUAGGAGGAGCCUCGCUGAAGCCCGACUUCAUCAAGAUCAUCAAGGCUCGCUCUGCU